GCCCUGUACUCUUUUGGUCAAUAGCGACCUUUUGCUUGUUCAACUCGGACUCGGACCCCUGGAUGGAACCGCGUGCUUUUUAGCUACCGAACGGCGGCGAUGCGUCUUUUCUCCGGCGUCCUCGAUUCUUCGUCCGCGCUUGCCUCCGCCGUCCUGGGCUCCGUGUCCGACCGCCUCGGAUUCUCGCGCAUAGUUUUCGGUCGAGCGAGCCCUUCGAACAUGCCGGCUCUCGCUUGUUCUGCCGCUUCCUCGUCUUCUGCCGCUACCGGCGCCCAGAAACCGUGGCUCUUCGUCGGUCUGGGGAACCCCGGGCGGAUGUACAAAGGCACUCGGCAUAACGUUGGGUUUGAGAUGAUUGAUGCUAUUGCGGAAGCUGAGGGCAUAUCAGUCAGCAGUAAGCAAUUUAAGGCAAUUGUCGGAAAAGGCCUCAUUGGUGAUGUCCCUGUAAUGCUUGCCAAGCCACAGACUUUUAUGAAUGCAAGUGGUGAGUCUGUCGGACAGCUGGUUUCAUACUUCAAGAUACCACUCAAUCAAUUAGUUGUGAUCUACGAUGAUCUUGAUCUACCCUUUGCGAAAUUGCGUCUGCUACCAAAGGGGGGACAUGGUGGCCACAAUGGGAUGAGGAGUAUUGUUGACCAUUUGAAUCAGAGCCGUGAUUUUGGACGCCUAAGGAUUGGCAUUGGACGGCCACCUGAGGAGCUGGGUGCUAUCAAUUUUGUUCUGCGGUCAUUCACCAAGCAGGAAAAGGAAGAGGUUUGUACAGUUGUACUAGACUGCACUAAACCAUUUGGAUGCAUCUUGAAGUCACGUUCCAAAGGAGCUUGCAAGCUGUAAGAAUUAUGGUACGGGAAGGAUUCAACAAAAGUGCACAGUUUGUGAAUACUCCACAGCCACCAGAAAUGCUGAAUAGAUGAGAGCCCAACGACACAUAUACAAUAUUAGGUUCCAUAAUCAAAAAAUAUAAUAUUAGGUUCGUCUAGUUGCUGGCCGCCAACAUGUAUGUGCCCUAAUUGAUUAGUAGAGGUUUUCAUUUGAUCACACAUCAAGUCAUGUAAAUUGGAUUCACAUAUUGUUUUCAGAUUAUUAUGGGGAUUAUUUGGAUUUAUGUUUUGUGUUUUUUUUU